AUGUCAGGGUCACUUUGUUUACACAAAACCUAUCUGGCACAUCUGGUGCAUUUUUCAGAAAACUGGUCAUAGUAGGGACUAAAGCUAAUUUGAAGUGGUGGAUACAUUGUGCGUGUGACAUUCUGAAAGAUCAUUUGACUCCACUCCUCGACAUCAUAGGAUGUCGUCAGAAAUCGUCCCAGAGGUGGGCGCACCGGAAGAGUGUCUAGCGAUGAUUUCGCCCGAUGACAUCGAGACGAUCCGAACUCUCUUCCAGCAGCGGCCUGAUUUGUGGGAUGAUUUCAAGACCCUGACUGAAGUUGUGGACUGUCUGAACGACCACGUGACAGAUUACCGGAAAGUACGCGGUUUGUUAAAGAGAAUCUACCUCAGCACCACUGUAAAUUCAGAGAAAGGGAGGGAAGCGUUCUCUCGCUUUGCCGCCGCCUUACAGUUUGCUGAGAAAAGUGUGAAGUUUAUGAGGCAGACGAUGAUAAAGAAAGGGCUGACGUACAUCACACAGUUCACUUUUCCGCUCCGAGAUGUCGAGAGCUUAUGCCUAUUUUUAUUAAGAUUCAUGUUUCUUGAUUGUACAUGCUGUAGCAAGGACUUUGCCACACAACUUGCAAAGACAGGUGUGCUGCAGGACUUCAUGGAAGAUCUGAAGCACAUGAAGAACCAGUCAGCUGAGCGUUUGAAGAAAGGCAAUGUUUUCAAACAUGCCAUAGGUAUCAUAAUCAACUGCUGUCGAACCUUUGAUGGAGUAGCCAUAGUGAGGGCAAUGAAUAUAAAGGAGGACCUUAAACCUUUUCUUUCCAAAGAUGAUCAUGAUAUUCAAGAACUUGCGCUCUGCGCCCUUAGUUUCCUCGUUGAAGACGAUGAACUGGACCUGAUGAAAGUCAACAAAUUGCUGCUGCAAUAUUGGUUCCAGUGUAUAUACGGGGCUGCAGACUCAAAAAGUCAAAGCCAUAAUGGAUGGUUGAUGGAAGAAGUUCUAGCCUUCUUAUCGAGACUCGCCAGGAAUGAUUACAACAAGCGUUUGAUUUUACGAACUGGUGGGUUAAAAAUGCUGGGCAUGGUUCUUGAAAGUAGGACGGAGGUGGAGCAAGCGAAUGCAAUCAAGCUUCUGACUCAGCUUGCAGUGGAAACAGAAGGCAAACUGCUGAUGCAGGCAGAUACCAGUCUUUUGACGACUGUUUCAAAACUAGAAUCGGAUGAGAACAGACCAUUCCGUGAACAAGCUGCUGACCUUCUAAGGACAAUCCACGAAAUAAACACGACACCUGUCCAGCAAGAAAUACUAACACUUCUAAAAGACCGAGUGAACGCGCUGGCCAUCCUUGACACCAGUGAGGUCGGCUUUGUACUCUAUCAGCUUCAGGUCCUCGCCACUGGAGGUCGCCACAGCCACAAGGAUUUCUCCGCCAUUCAGCUUCUAGAAGUCUUGUCACUCUUCGUCAAAAGAGACAAACGAAAACAACAGAUGACAACUCAAGGACUGGAUACACUGUGCUACUUCCUGGGGAAAGGUGAGGAUGCAGAGAAAAGAUUGGUGCUUGGUAUCGUCCUGGAUAUUGUGUCCGACACGGAGGCUCUUAGAUUGGUAAAGAAUCACUCAGGUUUUGUUGCAUUGCUGGAUGGACUGCGAGCUUCUGAAAAUGAAGAACUUUCUCAAAAGGCUAAUCUCAUCUUAUGUGCUAUUGACCAGAAAAUGUAAAAACUUGUCGUGUCUGAAGUAUAAUACUCAGUGGUAUUUGUAAGUUAGUGCACAAUAUUAAUAUCAAAGACAGUUACAUUUGGUGCACGCAGCAACCACUGAACAACUGUUCUCCUUUUCAGUCUAUAGAACAUAGAAACAUUGUUCUCUUCAAAUUUCGGAUUAAUAAGCAUUCUUAGUUUUAAGAAUUGUUUUAUACAGUUACUUAUAUGGUUGUCGUUUUACUAUUAUAUAAGGCUUUUCUAAUUUAACCACAGUAACCUGCACUCGCUAAUGCAUUCUUUCUUCAUCUGUGACUGUGAUAAUGCAGGUGAUAAGAUUUACGAAGUGAAUAAUUUUAAUUAUUUUUGGUUAAUCUCAAUUUCAUGUUAAAACUUUUAUUUAUUCUGUUUAAAAUGUAUUCACUAAACUGUUCUCCACUAUACAUUCCAAAAUCUGUGUAAAGCAGGUGAAGACUCAAUAUUUAAUAAAUUACGUAUUAUUGUUAA